AUGAUCAAUACUUUCCCACCAUCAUCCCCGGUGUUGGGCUCCGCAGCACAAACUGACAAUCCAUUUUAUCAACCGUCGUCGGACGACUUUCAGCUCAUUGAAGCCGAACAAGUAGCUGGAAAGAGACGUGUUGAUCAAUUGUAUCACGAACAUCAGCAUUAUCCUACGCCGGUAGCUUCCUCUAGCACGGGUAGGUCUUCAUCACCCAUCAGGACCGUGGAAGUCGCGCCGAAAAGUGGCAGAAGGUCCUCAAACAAAAGUUUCCCAAUCGAAUUAGACCCCCGUGGAUGUACUAGGCUGGCAAUUGGACGUAAGAGAUCGGUUUGCGACAUCGUGUUGCCAAGCAAGAAGCACAUCUCCAGACAACAUGCAUUUAUUACUUACAUUCCCCAGCGGAAUGAAGUCAAGCUGGAAUGUAACGGGGUUAAUGGUAUCGUCGUCGUGGUUCCCCAGCAAUUGAAGUGUCGUCUGAGAAAAGCAGAUACGGGAAACAGUUAUCAGCUACUCACCGACCAAUUCGAUUCCCCAGACUGGAUUAGCGACAAGGAUAUCGAGAAGUUGAAUGACAUCACGUCGUUUGUUCUGUUGAAGGGCGAGUCUGUGUUCAUGCCGUACAUCGAUGGCACUAUAAUUGAUUUCAGACAAGCUGAAGCACAUCUGACGCUGAUGAAUCUAUACGAUGAAACUGACAUCAACAGUACCGAAACGGAGGAUGAAGCACUCAUGUUGUUACCCCAGGAUGCCGACCUCUGUGAAACAACAACUACAACAACCCCAAGGAAAUUUAUCAAGGUACCUCAAUCACCUCCCACUGUUCAGGCAAAGGCCGCCUUGCACGAGCAGGAACCAUUAGAUGAGCCAAUAUAUCCACCUGCCUCGACGACGUACACUACGCCGUCCACGUCAUUGCUCACCAAUACUCCUUCAACUCCAAAAAAGCCUAAGAAGGAUGUUAAAAUCGAGGAUCGAGAACGACAACUCACACCUUUGCCAAUUUUACGUGAUGCUAUCCCCAUCUUGGCCAGCCAGCCAGCACUCGAUAAAAUCGAAGAACAACAUAAGAGAAAGCAACAUAAGCCCAACAGUAAUGGUAAUAGGACUGUUGCAGAAAUCUUACUUUCUUUAGAAGAGCGCGGCAUCCGAUGCAAAGAGCUGCAACACGUAUUGGCUAAUCAUUUGGCAUUCGCCAAUGUCCAACAGACUCCGCUGUGCCAGUUGCAACAGGUAAACUCAAAGACCAGCGUUUUGUCGCGGUGUGAACUGCGUGCUCUUCUUAAGGACGAGCGUUGCAUUGGCAUCAUCCACCGUGAAGGGAAAGAUGCCGCUGGCAAACCCUUAGAUGAGGAAUAUUAUUAUGACCUGGAGAAUGAUCCUGACGCCGAAAGGAGGAACUUGGUUACAGCGCUCAAAGGCGGUAGGUCUGGUCUCAGAGCUUGCAGAAGAACUCAUAAACAGUACUUUUGGAAAAAACCUGCGAAAUAA